AUGGCUAGCUUUCUUUCCCUUCUUCAAGUAUUCUUCUUCUUUGGGUUAGGGUGCCUUGCAGCGGGUAUUGAAACUGCAGCCCAAGAAAAUGGGUGCAGAUCCAAGUGUAGUGACCAUGGUCUAACUAUUCGUUUUCCAUUCUGGGGUAAUAAAACCAUCCACCACCCACAUCGCUGCCGCUAUCUAGGAUUCGAGUUAUCAUGUGACUUUGAGACCCAUCAAACAGUUGUUGAGCAUCCUUUUUCAGUGAAGUUAUUCGUCGAGAACAUUGAUUUUACAUCUCAAAUGAUUCACCUAUAUGACCCACAUGAUUGCCCUUCGGUACAGCUUCAAUAUCUUAAUUUGUCUACCUCCCCUUUCCACUUCAGUGAUCCAAACUUGUGUGAUCACUCGUUGUACAAAUGUUUAGGACCAAUCAACAAUAUAAAUGAAGUAUAUCCUGUUCCUUGCCUCGGUGACCACUCCGGCUAUCAAGUGUAUGCCUUGAGGUCUCAAAUGGGCAAUGAGGAAGCUUACUUGACAUCUUGCAGCCAAAUUGGCUCUGUCCCAUCUGUUCAUUGCGGCAUAUUUGAACAGGAGAAAAAGCUUCGGUUGAGUUGGUCAAAACCACAUUGCAGCCACUGUGAAGCUGCAGACAAGAUUUGUAGCCUCACGAAUCAUACCAAACAACGUGAAACUGCAUGUGCUGCCAAAUCCAAGACAUUCAAAGCAACAGAUGUUUCACGUUAUCUGGAGAUACCAAAUUGGGCACUUGACUUACCUGCUGGAAAUGAGAUCAUGCAUGUACUGGACCCAAAUGGAGAGACCUCCUGGGUGUUUAUAUGUUCGACAAGGACUAGCGGUCGACGCUCGAUGACAUAUCAAUGGUGCAGUUUCACAGCGGGGAAGAGACUUAUGGCCGGUGACGUACUCCGAUUUUAUUGGUCGAUGAUCGAAAAUGUGUACCUGAUGGAGCUUGAACGCUGGAGCAUCCGACUCUUUGGGGUGACCAUCACCAUACCAUAUACAUGGGCUGAAGCUGAAGUUCCAUGCAUAUGCUAG